GUCACCCAGACCAUGGACCAAGAUCGGCCACCGAAUUCCCACACAGCAUCAGGGACUCACAGCAUUCCUUAAAUAGCCACAUUUUCAGGAUCCGCCUCCGAACAGGCAUCUGGCAAACACCAAGGAUUCAGAAAGGAAAAAUGUAAAGGCUUCGGAAGACCAGGACUCUGACAUGACCAGACCACCUGCCAGCAAAGGGGCUCCUCUUGUGAAGUUAAAGUACAAAUAAAUGGAAUGACUGCCCUAAAAGAGCCUAACAAGGUAUCUGGCAAACAGAAGGCACCAAAUAGGCGUCUCGUCCUUCUUCCUUUCCCUGGCCUCCCUCUUAGGGUUAGACUGCUAAUAGGUGACAUAAGUCCUCUCAUAAGGAACCAUAACACAAUAAAAGUACCAUUAAAAUUGGGGCGAAGUGUAUGGGGUUUGAUGGAAGCAGCAGGAGAGGCAGAGGACUGCUUCUGGCCAGGGGGAUGAGGAGAGGUCCGUGGAGGAGGUCGGUCUGCCACAGGUGGACGAGGUGGAGAACAGGCAUGGGAAAUACCACUAGUAGACACGGGGAGACAGGAAAAGCAAGAAAACGUGAGUGGUCUGGCUGAGCUGGAGUGCAUGGGCCAUCUAGGGAAACUGAGAGAUGUGAGAGAGCACAGCAGAGCUAAGGCCGGUUCCAGACAGCCCGGAGCAUCGUGCUACAGGGAAGGAAUUCCAUUCUGGGAACAACGAGAAACCAUUUUAGAUCUGUGAGCAAGACAGACAAGAUGGCCGCUGCACGCAGCAGGGCCCGGAGGGGAGAGGGACAGCAGCAGGGAGUCUGCGUGGAGGACGGCAGCUGGAACCACGCCACUGAAGGGGGCACGGAGGGGACAGGGGAAGGCAGAGGGCAAAGGCAGCCAUCUGAACACCUCCUGCAGGCUGCCAUGGCCUCUCCCCAUCCCAUGGGGAGGCCGUGCAGACAGAAGCUACCUGUGCCCACACCACAGGUCUGCCCUGUCCUCCACCGCCUCCCAACACGUCCCCAGUUGUCCCAGCCUCAGGCUGAUGGCACUCUAGAAGCCCAAUGCCCAGGAUCUAUGGAGCUGGGCCCGGGCCAGGGACCCUCACCCCAGAGUGCUUCCACUGGGACCCUCACCGGGGCUGCGUCCAAGGAUGGGACAGGCACUUGUGCCCCUGGGGCCACCUCGCCGCAGCAGCCACCGCUGAGCCCGCCCUGCUGUGCCUUCGCCCCCGCCCCCCGCCCACACUGCGGAACUGGCACAGCGGGGACCAGAAGAACCAACGCCACCAGCCACCAUGUCAGAGGCCAGCAGAAACGCUUCCAAAAUGGCAGCCAGUGCAUGACUCCGGAGAGGGGUCCUCCGGGGGAGAGGGGCAGAGACGAGACUGCCAGCCACCUCCCCACGGGCCUCCACGCCUUCCUUACACGCACAGCCCUCAGUGCUCUGUCUUCAGGAGCUUCCUCCCCAAAGCAGGAGGGGUGCCAGGGAAAGAAGGGCACCACGCUCCCCGCCCGCCGACGCCUGGGGGCCAGAGGGGACUCAGGGCAUUCAGAAGGAUGUUCUGCAGCCCAUGCUUGUGGCGGGACCGCCUCACACCCAGUCCUGCCCCGCCUGGACAAGAGCUACCCCUGCCCCUGCCCUGCCCCCCACCAGACCCUCCCCAGCCCCUGGGCCCUGGGGAGCCAGGAGCUAGGGUUCCAAGGAAGGGCCAAGAAGGCACCGGCCGGCCUCCGUUAUGUAACGGGGAGGAGGGCGGUGCUUGUCCCAGUCCGGAGACCCAGGGCGCAGUGCGCUCCCAGAUGCGCAGCCAUGGGCGGGGGCCGCUGUGCAUGGCGCAGGGCUCUGGAAACCCCUCCCCACCAACGCGAGGGCCACCCCAGGGGCGCGAUGGGGAGUCGGAACCCUGACUUCCCGGCCUCCCUCCCCCACCCAGGCGAACAGCCUCUGGCCCAGUUUCAUUCUCAUUCUCCCGGUCCCGGACCGACAAAACCACUCGCACCCAGGACCUCCAAACCUCCUGCUGCCCAGUGACUUCUCAGGAAAUCCCACGAAAUACGCAGUUUCUGGUGGUCGACCCCCAUCCUCACCUUCCUCACCCCAGGCAGCACGGACAGCUUCCCAAAGGGAGGUCGUGCUUCCCAUGGAGGGUGCAGCUCGGGCCGGCUUGGAGGACCUCUGGACAGCCGGACGUCAGUGCAAAGCUCCCGUCCCCGGGGAGCAGCCCGGAGUCAGCAGGAAGCCCAGGGUGGUGGCAGCAGCUCUGCCCUACCUUGCCCAAGCGUUUCCAGGGGAGCCGAGAAUUAUUUAGCCGCAACACUGAGGUGUGGCUGAUUGGAAAAUUCCCUUUUCCAACAAGAAACUAGAGGACAAAUAUUUCCUUCCAGUGUGGUCAACCCUUGCGUACCCAUCUCUGAAGCCUUCCUCCCUCCAAAAACGAAGAAAGUUUAGGAAGCCCUGAGCUCUCCUUCCUUAUAGUGCAUGAAAUUUAAAAAAGCACAGGAAGAGGCUUCGACUGGGCAGUCAGAAGCAGGCAGACACAGGAGCCUACGCACACCCCUAAAGAGAUUUUAGAAAGCUGCUGGGCUGCUCCCCCUCCCCGUUAAGCAAGUGAAAUGCAAAUUCAGAGUUGAUACCCUGGCCUCAGCCAAUCAAAUAAAGCUUUUCACCUGCCACUGGCCCACCCACCAAUCAGAGGAAGUGUCUGGAGUGAGAGCCCUCCCCUGGCCAAUGGAAGGCCAGCUCAGUCACUUAGUUAAAGAUGCAGCAGUACAGGGAAGGCCAUCACAUGUGAACUGGAAGGGAGCCAACAUGGAGACACAGAGCACAAGGUGUUUCCUCAGGGGCCUUAUUAUGAGAUACAGAGCAUUUAGCAUCAAGCCCAACACAAAGUAAGCACUCAGUUAAUCUCAGUUAUCACUGUGAUGCUGGUAAUGCUGGCUGUGGCGACUUUGCCUUUGGUAUGAGAAAAGGCACUAAUCAGAUGCAGCUUCCUAAGGAAGUACA